AUGAUUGGACAGACGGGAAGUGGAGGUUUCCUGACAGAAAUCCCUGUCUGUUACCUGAAGUCUGAAGGAGUUGGGGAGAGGGUGGAGAAGAGGGUGAAUGAAAGGAAGGAGGAGUGCAUGGAGGAGAAGGCAGAGAAUAGGGUGGAGGAGAGCAUAGAGGAUAGGGUGGAGGAGAGCGUAGAGGAUAGGGUGGAGGAGAAGGCAGAGGAUAGGGUGGAGGAGAGCGUAGAGGAUAGGGUGGAGGAGAAGGCAGAGAAUAGGGUGGAGGAGAGCGUAGAGUAUAGGGUGGAGGAGAGUCUAGAGGAUAGGGUGGAGGAGAGUGUAGAGGAUAGGGUGGAGGAGAGUCUAGAGGAUAGGGUGGAGGAGAGUGUAGAGGAUAGGGUGGAGGAGAGUCUAGAGGAUAGGGUGGAGGAGAGUGUAGAGGAUAGGGUGGAGGAGAGUCUAGAGGAUAGGGUGGAGGAGAGCGUAGAGGAUAGGGUGGAGGAGAGCGUAGAGGAUAGGGUGGAGGAGAGCGUAGAGGAUAGGGUGAAGGAGAGUCUAGAGGAUAGGGUGGAGGAGAGCGUAGAGGAUAGGGUGGAGGAGAGCGUAGAGGAUAGGGUGGAGGACAGCGUAGAGGAUAGGGUGGAGGAGAGUGUAGAAGAUAGGGUGGAGGAGAGCGUAGAGGAUAGGGUGGAGGAGAGCGUAGAGGAUAGGGUGGAGGAGAGCGUAGAGGAUAGGGUGGAGGAGAGCGUAGAGGAUAGGGUGGAGGAGAGCGUAGAGGAUAGGGUGGAGGAGAGCGUAGAGGAUAGGGUGGAGGAGAGCGUAGAGGAUAGGGUGGAGGAGAGCGUAGAGGAUAGGGUGGAGGAGAGCGUAGCCAUGAGAUGGACAGAAUGUGUUAACUGA